AACAGAUUAAACAGCAAAUGGAAUGCUGAACGGAAAAGCUGUGUUAUUUCCACCUUGCAGGACUUACUGAAAUGAUCCUGGCUGGGUUAAAACAUGAGCCGAAACUCCCACAGGGAGCAUUAGUCUGAGUGAUUCGCAUAAACACUCAAAGUCAGUCUUGGUUGAGCUUCCUAGUCAAGUUGACUUUUAACGGAGAUAAUCUUUCCAGAAGGAGGUCUGAAGAAAGGCAAGUUACAGGUGAUAAGAAAUGAGUGUGAUGAUGCACUGGCUGCUGCUGCUCCUUCUCCUGGUCAGCUUUGCCUCACCUGCACCCAGGUUCUCGGACAAAGAUAUCUGCCUUCUAGACAACAAUAAAUUAAGACAAAGGUUAGAACAUCUUCAAGACUUGCUUUACUUAUAUGAAUUGCAGCUGAAGGACAUACUGGAGAACACUUACCACAGAACGAAAAGUGAACUGUUCUCAGGCAACAGGAGCAUGCAGCAUGAGACACUUUUACCCACAACCAGUGGGAAUUUGAUUGUGUAUGACCAAGAUUGCUCUGCAGUGUAUGGCCGGAAGAGCACCACAAGUGGCUACUACCGGAUCCGGCCCCGAGCAGAGCGAGAGCCCUUCCUGGCAUUCUGUGACAUGUCUGAUGGCGGGGGCUGGACUGUCAUUCAGCGGCGCAGUAACGGCAAGGAGAACUUCAACAGGAAAUGGGAUGAUUACAAACUGGGAUUUGGGAAAUUCCAGGGCAAGAAUGAUGAAUACUGGCUGGGCAAUGACCACAUCCAUGACCUGCUUGCUACAGGAGAGAACUCAUUAAAGAUUGACCUGAUGGACUGGCAUGGGGAAAGACGUUAUGCAAUCUAUGAAAAUUUCCAGCUUGCAAAUGAGCAGGAAAAUUACAGGAUAUGGUUUGGCACCUAUUCUGGUAAUGCUGGCGACGCUCUGUCUGGUGGGAGCAAUUUUGAAGAUCAGUGGUCAGCUUCUCACAGAGGGAUGCAGUUCACCACAUUUGAUAAGGAUCACGAUCAAUUUCUGGCUGGCAACUGUGCAUCAGAGAACAAGGGUGGCUGGUGGUUUAACAGGUGCCAUGCUGUAAACCUCAAUGGGCAAUACUACAAAAGAGGGAGGUACAGUGGACCCCAUGAUGACGGCUUGGUUUGGUCUACAUGGCACGGGAUGUGGUACUCACUGAAAUAUUCAGCCAUGAAAAUCAGGGCUCCAUUCUUUAUCGACAGAGAGAGCGGAGAUGGUGAGAACAGUCAGGGCAGCUGAAACCUGCUGCUUUGGAAAGAGAACAAGCACAGGCUGAAAAGAAUGGUGUAAGUUGAUAGCCAGUGCUCUGCUGCUGCCAAUUGCCAAACCUGCACUUGAUAGCUGGAGUUGCACCUGCUUCUGCUACCUGAAGCUAACAGCACGAGUUGUUUGAGCACAGCCAGAAAAUUUAAUAAAAAACAUAUGGAUCACAGUCACAGGAUAAUGAGAUUUCUUUCUCAGCAGUUUUCAAGACUUUGUUGAAGAUUUGGAAGUUCUCUGGACUUAGAAAGAUCAAGCAUGUCCUUUAAUCAAUCUAUACUUUUUAAGGUCUAAA